AUGUUGCGCCUGCGGCGUAACUGCGACAUGUUAGCCCUGACGCUGCUCCAGGUCGCAAUUCUGCUAGCCACGGUCGCGCACGCAGCGCGCCCGCUGGAGCAGAGCGCUAUGGAUCAGGCGGCCUCGCAUAGUACCCUCUCGUCAAGCAAACGGGACAGGGAAAAGCAUCCCUACCACACGCCAACGGGCCUGUUCAUUCAGGAGCGUGCCUCUAAGCAGCUUCCUGGCCCCGGCCAGCAUUUCUCCUUUGGGGCGCUGGUGACCUGGGACCGGAUCCACGAGAUGCUGGACGACCUACCGGAUGCCAAACUGGUGUUCCUGAUCCGCCACGGCCAAGCGGUGAGCAACUACCUGUCGGACUUCCUAGGUCCGGAUGAGUGGUUCAAGUGGGAGACCAAGUGCAGCUACCAUGACGCCAACGGGACCUUCUGGGGAAUAUUCGAUGCAGACCUCACUGAUCUGGGCAAGGCGGAGGCUGACGCGCUCAACUCCAUGCUCAAGGAUGGCAGCUGGUUCGACACGCUCACGGCGGGCAGGCCUGCACGCACCGUAGUGAGCCCUUUGAGCAGGUGCCUGGAGACCGCCACCCGCGCACUCAAGGGACUGAGCUUUACGGAGUACAACGUGGAGGAGAACGUGCGGGAGACGCUGGGGGAGGACACGUGCGACGCGCGCAGGGCUGCAUCGGACCCCGCCGAGGACGAUAAGGAGCACCUGCAGGGCGUGUGCAAGUUCGAGCUGGGUCUGCGUUCCAAGUUCCCGCACUUCGACUUCCCCGUCACGCCCCCGCAUCGCAGCAGGGACGACGGCGGCGACGGCGAUGACGAGGGGGGGGGGGAUGAGGCCGCCGCCGUCAAUGGCCACGGGGAUGAUGAUCCCACGGGCCCCAGUCGUCGUGAUGGGUUCGGUCUGUUGGCGGAUGCGGAUCCGCUGUGGACGGAGGACCGGGAGACUCAGGGGCAUCAGACGAAGCGCGCACUGGCGUUCCUGCGUGACCUGUGGACCUUCGCCCCGGAGAAGGUCGUGUUUGUUGUGACGCACUCGGGUUUCACACGGUCCGUACUGUUGGCGGUUGGACGAGAGCCGUACAGGCCGCAGAACACGGAGCUGGUGCCCGUGCUGGUGCAGAAGCUGCCGUCAUUCUAGGAAGGAUGUGUUAUGGCAAAAGACCCGUGGGUCACGUGAAAUGUCCUAGGGGGGAGGAUUAUCUCCCAUAGGUCGGGAGGAGGGAACAGGACGGGGCGCGGGAAGGAGGAAAAGAAUGCCGGACCACGCGGAGGAAGCACCUAGGGAGGAGAGGGACCCGAUUACACCAAGACCGCAUGUGGAAGAUGUCGUCAGUGGGAGGGUCAUGUAGGAGAUCUGUGUGCAAAUUCUUUGUGUGUGCGCAUGUAUGUAUUUAUAUAUGUGUGCUUUUGCGAGUCCUUAUGUGUUAAUGAUUCUGUGCGUACCGAAUGUAUCGUUGCCAAUAAUCGUUCGUGGGUGUUCACAGGUGUAUGUAGGUGUGUAUGUAGGUAAGUAUAUGUACAUGUGCGUUGUUUUGAUAAAGCAUGGAGCUGCAGUGUCGAGUGUACGGAGGAGGAG